AUGGCCUUCAUUGUUAAACCCACUGUGCCAAACUCGGGUGACCGCAAGUUGAUCCGGAGCCAUGUCAUGCGAGGAAAGAACACUCGCCCAACGCGGACGCGGGUCGUGCCGAACCGUCACAGCCCCCCCACAACGACAGACAGUGUGCAGACGUCAGAUCCCGCGCCAACGGUGCCUCAAUCGACAUGGAGCCCCCUGAUGAUAGAAGACCCUGCCUGGUCGAGUGGUGAAGACGAGCCAGAGGGUCUUCUGAGGCUGUUGCGUACCCCCUUCGACGUCUUUGCGUGCCCAUUUGCAGAUGAGAUUGACUCGAGCUCGAGAGAGAUGUUGUUUGAAUUCUAUGCCGUUAUCAAGGAAGCCAUGUACCCUGUUGAGUGGUGCGUUCGAUUCGACGCAAGCAAGACCCCGUGGUUCCAUUGGCUGCUGGUGGAUCCAGCCUAUCUACACUCCGUCCUCUUCACUGUCGCGAUGUUGCAUGACUGGCUUCUGGGAAGUAAGCGAAGCAAGAAAACCAACUACCAUAUCUGCAAGUCAUUGAACUAUUUGAACGAGAACAUCGCAUCCAAAGAAAUGGCAAUCGCCGACUCAACAGUAGCCACAAUCGUGACGAUGAGCAUGGUGGCGGAGAUGUUCGGAGAUCAUGCGGCAUCAGCUGCGCAUGUUGCUGGUCUCCGGCAAAUAGUCAAGCUAAGAGGCGGGAUUGAGAGCUUUAGGCAUAACUUACAGCUCUUUGCAAAGAUAUGUCGCGUUGAUAUCGGCUGGUCGCUCAUCACAGGAGAGAGACCGGUGUACUUUAGCGAUAACCUUUCCUACGAGCCGGCAUUCGCCUCUACUCUAGGUCCUUCACCCGGGGGAGUUACACCCUCACAAGGGUCCUCUCCUAUACGAAACUUUGUUGAGUCUCUUGAUCUCCGACUGGGUUACAUAUUCCAAGACCUACAAGACUUUUCUGCCAUGGUGAAAAUCUUGUUCCGAACACAGAAGAUAGACCCUAUCAAGUUUCAACAACUGAUGACUUCUAUCCAGUAUCGGCUGCUCUACCUAGAGCUGGAUGACGAUACCGUGGCGGAAUCUUUGCGUCUGGCCAUGCUCGGCUUCAUUGCGACACUCUAUCUCCACAUUCUAGGUGCCAGAUUGCGGUUCGUCUGGUUGUCAAACAGGCUUCGGGAGACGCUACAGGCAGUCGACCUGUCGCGAGCGGAAACACCUUCAUCGGGACUCCUACUAGUUUGGAUACUAGUCAUCGGGUCUACGGCCGUGUUCGAUGACAACGACGAUGUAUGGCUGUUACCAAAGCUGGCUUCACUGCGCAAUUCACUCGGAAAAACCUGGCCAAAAGCAAAGGAGAAUCUCGCAAAAGUCCUGUGGAUUGAUAAAAUCCACGACGCGAAGGGUGUGAAAGUCUUCGAAAAGUUGGUGCUGCACGUGGCUCAGAUCUCUUCUGCCAAUGAGGGAGCCGAGUCGGAAGACGUCGACGUUCUUUUCGAACUUUCCGAUCAAUCCUAUCAAGUCCUCCAUCGCAUGACUGGCGAAAAAGAACGCGUGUUAACAUGA